UUAAAAGUUUAAGUUCGUGCUGAAUAAUGUUCGGAAACACUGAUAUCAAGCGUGGGAUUUCAUGAAAUUUCACAUUGUACUGUUGAUAGUUGUGAGUUAAAAAACUGUGGCUGGUAUUUUGUAAACCGUAGUUAAUUAGGAUUCCAAACCAAUAUCAAAUAACGCUAUGGACCCUGGAAUGUUCGAAGACGUUGCAAACCAGUUGAAAAACAAUCCAGAAUUGGCUCGAACGUUAGUGGAAGAGCAGAAAAAAAUGGAAGCUCAAAUGCAAUUAAAGACUAUAGUAAACAAGCUGUCCAUGGAAUGUUGGGACAAAUGUGUUGACAAAGUAGGAACAAGUCUUGGUCGGCAAGAAACCUGUUUAACUCACUGUGCGGAGCGUUACCUUGAAACUGAUCAAUUUAUUCGACAAAGAAUGACCAACUCAAAGAAAUGAUACCCCCAUGUUUAAAUUCUACAUUUCUGAUUUCACUCUUCAAACUAUAGCAUAGCAACAACAAUAUGUUGUUAUUAAAAACCUAAAUAAUUUUAGGCAAUUGUGUCACUCUUCUGUUAAAUCACCUUAAAAACUUGAUGUUUUUCAUUUGUGUGGGGUGCCCACCAAUCUACUGCUGUAAUUUUUUUCUCGUACAGAUAUAAUUGGUGUAUUAUAGAAACUAAAUUAUAAUUAUUAAACAGUUAUCUAAAAUGCCAAUUACAGCUAUAAUACAAAAUGAACUUUUACACCAA